AUGUCUAUGAAAAAAAUUCCAUUUCUUUGCAUAUUCUUCCUUCUUCAUAUUUGUAUCUACUCCGGCGAGUCACGGCCGCCGUUUGCAUGUGACCCUACAAAUGGCAUGACCAAAAACAUACCCUUUUGUCAAGUGUCACUCCAUAUUAGAGAUAGGGUUAAGGACUUGAUCGGACGGUUGACAUUGCAGGAAAAAAUCAGGUCACUUGUUAACAAUGCUGCACCAGUGGAGAGAUUGGGCAUUCAAGGGUAUGAGUGGUGGUCGGAAGCUCUUCACGGCGUGUCGGACACCGGCCCCGGUGUGAAAUUCGGCGGCCAGUUCCCCGGAGCCACCAGCUUCCCUCAAGUUAUUCUUACUGCCGCUUCAUUCAAUGCCUCAUUGUGGGAAGAAAUUGGCAAGGUGGUGUCCGAUGAAGCAAGAGCAAUGUACAACGGAGGGGCGGCGGGUUUAACAUAUUGGAGUCCAAAUGUAAAUAUAUUUAGAGAUCCACGGUGGGGACGGGGCCAAGAAACGCCUGGAGAGGACCCCGCCGUAGCCGCUAGGUACGCCGCCAGCUAUGUGAAAGGACUUCAGGGCACCGGCCCCGGAAACAGGUUAAAAGUGGCGGCAUGCUGCAAACAUUACACUGCAUAUGAUCUUGAUAUCUGGAAUGGUGUUGAUCGAUUCCAUUUCGAUGCCAGGGUAAGUAAACAGGACCUAGAGGACACAUACAAUGUGCCCUUCAAGGCUUGUGUGAUGGAAGGGAGAGUAGCUAGUGUAAUGUGCUCGUACAAUAAAGUCAAUGGGAAGCCCACUUGUGCCGACCCUAGUCUACUUCGUGGCACGAUUCGUGGUCAAUGGCACCUUAAUGGAUACAUUGUUUCUGAUUGUGACUCGGUCGAAGUUUUGUUUAAAGAACAACGUUACACGACCACACCAGAAGAUGCAGUUGCUGCCACCAUCAAAGCAGGCUUGGAUUUAGACUGUGGGCCUUAUCUUGCAAUCUACACCGAUGCCGCUGUACGGUCUGGUAAACUCACUGAGGCCGAUGUAAAUGAGGCCUUGUCCAAUUUGCUGAUGGUCCAGAUGCGUUUGGGUAUGUUCGAUGGCCCAAGACAACCUUACAAUUAUUUGGGCCCGAGAGAUGUUUGCACUCCAGCCCAUCAGCAACUUGCCCUUGAAGCUGCUCGACAAGGCAUAGUUCUACUUCAAAACCGUGGGCAGUCUCUGCCACUAUCAACUAGAAGGCACCGAAUUGUUGCAGUCAUCGGACCCAAUUCCGAUGUUACUGUCACCAUGAGAGGCAACUAUGCUGGAGUUGCAUGUGGCUACACAACGCCAGUACAAGGGAUAGCAAGAUAUGUUAGGACAAUUCAUCAAGAAGGAUGCUUUGGCGUAGCUUGCAAUGAUAAUAGACAAUUUGGGAUGGCCGAGGGUGCUGCACGCCAGGCGGAUGCGACCAUCUUGGUGAUGGGGUUGGAUCAAUCAAUUGAAGCCGAAGCUAGAGAUCGAGUGGGGCUACUUUUGCCAGGACAUCAACAGGAGCUUGUAUCUAGGGUUGCCAAGGCUUCUAGAGGUCCAGUUGUAUUAGUCAUAAUGUCUGGUGGCCCAAUUGAUGUCACAUUUGCUAAGAAUGAUCCAAAAAUUGGAGCCAUACUGUGGGUUGGCUACCCUGGUCAAGCCGGAGGAACUGCCAUUGCUGAUGUUCUAUUUGGAACAACUAAUCCAGGAGGAAAGUUACCCAACACAUGGUAUCCACAAUAUUACUUAUCUAAGGUGCCAAUGACAAGAAUGGACAUGAGGGCAGAUCCAUCAAGAGGCUAUCCAGGCCGGACCUACAGAUUUUACAAAGGCCCAGUUGUAUUUCCAUUUGGAUAUGGGUUGAGUUACACUAGCUUCAGGCCCACUCUGGCCCAUGCCCCAACCACAAUUUCAAUUCCUCUCACAACCUUAAAAACAUUUAACAAUUCUACCAUGCUAAGCCAUGGUGUAAGGGUCACACACACUAAGUGUGACUCACUCAUUUCGAGUAUACACAUAAAUGUUGAAAAUAUUGGAGACAUGGAUGGAACACACACACUGAUGGUGUUUGCAACUCUACCGGCCAGAAAACAGGCGCCGGAGAAACAAUUGGUUGCAUUCGAGAAAGUUCAUGUAGUAGCUGGGAGUCAAAAGAAAGUUAUGAUUGAUAUUGAUGCGUGCAAGCAUUUAAGCAUGGCAGAUAACAAUGGAAUUCUUCGAAUUCCAUUGGGUGAGCAUAAUCUUCAUAUUGGUGAUGAUAUCAAACAUUCAGUUUCUCUCAUUGCUUCUAUUGAAGAAGUCAAGAUUUAA